AUGGUCGAUUCUUUGGAACCCCCUCAAACUCUGUACGAAGGAAUCACCCCUCUCCUCGCCCGGUACAACGACAAGAAGCAUUACUGUGACAUUAUGGAUCUACCCAAGUCCUUACUAACCGCGACUAAAGAAGUGAGAUUGUUACGCUUGGGGGCGGAAGCAAGCUCUCUGGAACCCCCAUGGCGUUUUGAAGCGGAAACAAACGGACUGGGGAUAAAGAUCGCAACUAAGGAAGUGCCAUGGCAGGAUGUUUGUGACGGGAUUACCCUGGAAGGACACGUGGCAAUCCGAGAAGAAGAUGCUCAGAUGAUGGCCACGGUGUUCUCCUGGCGAUCGGAUCAUUCAGUCAUCUCGGCGCCUCCACCCGACUUGACAAAACAGGCGAACACGAAACAGAUUGACGUUCGGAUCUGGGACCAACUCUUUGAACUGCACGUUCCACAAUAUGUGUCGGAUGAAAUCCACCGGUGGGUUCGGUGUCCGAUGGGGAUUUGCAAUGCGCCUGCCGCGUUUCAGCGAGCGAUGAACAUGACGUUCCAGAACUUCGUCAGCAAGACACGGCUGACGCAAGGAAUGAUUAACUUUUGCAUGAUCGUGUACAUUGACGACAUCCUGGUCUAUUUGGAAACCUAUCACGGACACGCGCAACACAUCGAAUGGACACUGGGUGCAUUGAGAGACGCUGAGUUCAAGAUUGCGCUUGAGAAGAGCGAAUUUUUCGUCUCGGAAAUUUCGUUCUUGGGCUAUGUCGUGACACGUGGAGGAUUGCGGCCGGAUUCGAGAAAAGUUUCGGCGGUGAAGGAAGCUCCGGUUCCUACGUCACUGACGCAGGUUCGAGCCUUCUUGGGACUGGCGUCGUACUACCGGCGCUUCAUCAAGGGCUUUGCCGCGAUUGCACGACCACUAACGAAUCUGCUACGGAAGGACCAGCCUCUCARCUGGGACGCGGAGUGCCAGCAGGCCUUUGCAACUCUCAAGGACGCUCUGGCAACGGCCCCUAUUUUGAUUCGAGUAGACCCCUCGAAGCAGUUCAUUCUCGUCACGGACUGGCAACCGGAAGCUAUUUCCGCUAUUCUAGCGCAGAAGGGGAACGGUGGUCGCGAACACGUCAUCGAGUAUGCGUCACGAACCGUACCGGACGAACGAAGAAACGACUCCACACCUCAGGGUGAGUGUUAUGCGGUAGUUUGGGGAAUCCAACACUUCCAUCCGUAUCUCUACGGACAUAAGUUUCGCCUCGUAACGGAUCACGAGCCUCUGCUGGCGCUGAAAAAACUCACCAACUACACGGGCAUGAUUGGCCGUUGGGCAGUGCGACUACAAGAAUACGACUUCGAUAUCGUCCGUCGAAAGACAGAGCGACACGGCAACGCGGACGGGCUGACACGUCUGCAUCGACCUGCCAAGGCGUGGAGGACCAACGUGGCGGGAGAUCUUAUGGGAUUCGUCUUUGGAGCCCGAUCACAGAUCGUGCGCGAACUUACGAUCGUGAUCGCGCGAUUGGCUGACGAACUCCCUCUCGACAUCAUCUCUCAGAGCGACGAAGAACCCGUGCCACAUACCCUCUCAAGGACUCUCGCCCCGAGCCUCCAGUGGUCGGCUUGUAUCGAGGAGYGCUGGGCGGAGGACCGUUUUCCCUCCCGUAGCGAGUACCUGGACGUCCACAGCCUGACUAAUCCCGGCUUCUUUCGGCAACCAACGACGUUCGAGUGGGCGGCGCUGAGAGCAGAAGAGGAGGACGAAGAGGAAUCGGAAGGAGAACUGAGAAGGGAGACUGGGGAAGCAGCGGCUCGAUUGGCUGAGGACGAAGAAGAAGAGCGCGAAGUAGAAGAAGAGUCGUCAAAAGAAGAAGAAGAAGAAGCAGAGGAGGAGACUUCGGAGGAAGAGGAAGAGGCAGAGGCCUAUAGCGAGUACAGCGAGGGCGAGCAAAGUGAGGAGGAGGACAAAGAUGACGAAGAAGUGGAAAGCGGGGGCGACCAGGAGCCAACGCACGACGAGCUCGAGUGGGUGCCAGGACCAGAUCGGCGAGAGGAGAACCCGGAGGCUGCUGCGCAGCGCACGAAAGAGAUUGCGGAAGGAAAGCGGCUGGCGAUCGAUCCCGCACCGAACGAUCCUUUCAAGGAUCCCGAGCCGCCCAAGCCGGAACAUGGAGACCUUGCUGCCACGACCUCAGGAGCCGCGGCGACAAGGCGCCGAUCCCGAUCCCGAUCCACGUCCCCCUCCGCCUCCGCCCGUCCCCCAAUUCGUCAACGUGUCAAUGAGGGGCUUAGCCCUUCGUCCCCGAUCCAUAUACCACCAUCCCCUUAGCUAUCUCUCUUUCAAUCAGUAUUUCCAUCGCGUCGUCUACCCCCGUAA